CAUAAAUAUGAUGCAUUAUUUAGAUUAGAUAAAAAAAAAAGAAAAGAUAUACUUCUCCUUUUCUGGUUAUAUAAACGAUAUAAUCACAAACAUGUGGUAUAACUCGUUUUCCUUGACAUAUUAUUUAUUUAACUUUUUAUUUAUUGUUUAUAACAGAUAGAGUUAUAUUUCACGAUUAUUCAAAAUCGAUAGUAAACUAAUUUUACGUCACUAAUAUCUUCGAGAUCGUAUUCGAAGCGUAAGUUGGGAACUCCCGCAUUAAUCACAGUUUAAUUUUGGGUUAACCGCAUCAGCUUCGCAUAUACUACUCGAAGAAUUGUCAAAGUAAUAUAGUGCAUAUAUAAUGAAAAAUAAAAAUCAUAGAAAGUGAAAUAUAAAAAAGUAAUUGAUAAUAUAAAGGUAUGGAGAAUGCUUGGCUAAGAGAUACAGAUGGAGGGAUAUGGGAUUGGAAUUGGACCGAAUUGUGUGGAUAUUCCGGUGGUAUUAAACCAUUAAAUCCUGAAACGCAUGAUCUUGGAAUUUGUUUUCAACAAUUUUGCCUUCAAGUACCAGUUUUAACUUUAAUAGCCAUUAUUUCUGCAUAUCAUUGCGGAAAACAAAACGUAUCUCUAUUUCGUGGAAGUCAAUGUCAUUAUAUUAUAACUAUUAGAAGUUUAAUUACUCUGUGUCUUAUAUUGCUUCCUAUAAUAAAGGCUUAUAUCAUUUUAACUAAUACUACUAUUCCUUCAAUGAAUAAGGAAUUGAAGAAUAAUACAUCAUCUAUAACUACUACACUUGAUACGUUAUCAUAUAACAACGAAGACUUUAAUUUUGAUCCUGUCAAUAUAAUAAAUACGAUUCGUAAUGGAAUAAAUGACACAGCAAAUUUUGCCAAAUUGAUCUUUUCAUCUAAAAAUAGUAUAAGGACUACAGAUUCUCCAAUAUUAUUAUCAUAUUCACAAGACUAUAAGCCAGAACUUACUGCAUUUGAAAAUAAAACAAUUACCGUUAAACCAAUUGAUUAUCUUGUAGCAGGAACUGAAGGAUUAGCAUGGGUUGUUCAUCUUUGUUUUAUUCUAAGCCUGAAAAGAAGAAAUAAUUGUAAUGUGCGUGGUCCACUAUUGAUUCGAGCAUUGAUAUUCUUAUUGACUGUCAUUUCUAUAUUAUUACUGCGAAGUCAUAUCAAUAACAAAUCCACGAAUGAUGUCUUACCUAACUUAUCAUUGGGAUUCAGUAUCAGUACAGUAACGCUUUUGAUACUUUAUACAUUAACACUGAUACCUGCUAAUAUCAGAUCAGAAUCUGCAAGGUCUCCGAAUUAUGAAGUAGGAGAACAUACUGCAUUAUUAAAUACACCCACUUCAUCUUAUGUACACUUUCCUGGAGAGCAAGACCCAAGUUAUCUCGGGACUGCAAUGGAGGAUGCUACUCUUGCUUCAAAAUUGCUAUUUCAUUGGGUAACACCAUUGAUGGAGAAAGGUGUUCAAGGAUUAUUAAAUCACACGGAUGAUUUAUUCGAUUUACCGGAAAGUAUUAGCACAAAUACUAUUACUCAAGAAAUAGAUAAACAUUCUAAAGUCCCUGUUCAAGCUACGAUCAGCGGUACAGAAGAUAUAAUUGCUAAUGAAAGAAUAUUGCAACAAGAUACAAAUGUUAUUAAAAAUAAAUUGACAUUACUUAGUCUUUUGCAUAAAUGUUUUGGAUGGCAGUUUUAUGCAGUUGGAAUAUUAAAAUUCAUUGCAGAUUGUUCUUCGUUUAUGGGACCUAUAUUACUAAACAGAUUAAUAAGUUUCAUUGAAGACAAAAAUGAAUCUAUUUCAUAUGGAUAUUUGUAUGCAUCUUUGAUAAUCAUUAGUGCUCUAGUAGGUGCUUUUUGUAAUGCGCAUUUUACGUUUUGGAUGUCCAUUGUUGGUUUGAAAAUACGAUCAACAAUUGUCACAUUAAUUUACAGAAAAACUUUACACUCUUCAAAUGUUCUCUUACAUCAGCAAUUUAAUUUUGGUGAAAUUGUUAAUUUUAUGACCACAGAUAAUGAUAGACUUGUUAACAGUUGUCCAAGUUUUCACACAUUUUGGAGUAUACCAAUGCAGCUGAUUGUGACAUUAUACCUUCUCUACCAACAAAUAGGAAUUUCAUUCCUAGCUGGAGUUUCUUUUGCUGCUGUACUUAUACCAAUAAAUAAAGUAAUUGCGAAUAAAAUUGGGGUUCUUAGUACAAAAUUGAUGGAAUAUAAAGAUAAAAGAGUUAGAAUUAUGGGUGAAACAUUACGUGGUAUAACUACAAUAAAGUUAAACGUAUGGGAAGAACACUUUUCAAGGAACAUCUUAAAACUACGAGAGAGGGAAAUAAAAUAUUUAAGUGGAAGAAAAUAUUUAGAUGCUUUAUGUGUAUACUUUUGGGCAACAACACCUGUUUUGAUAUCAAUUUUGACUUUUGCAACAUACAUACUACUUGGCAAUAAACUUAAUGCUAAAACAGUCUUUACUAGCAUGGCAUUAUUAAAUAUGUUAAUUGGUCCACUAAAUGCAUUUCCAUGGGUAUUGAAUGGUCUUACAGAAGCAUGGGUUUCAGUUAAGAGAGUUCAAAGGAUGUUAAACUUACCAGAUAUGAAUAUAUUUUCUUAUUAUAUGGAAAGUCCACCAGGAAUUGAUAUUAUGUUUAAAAAUGUGACAACUGUGAUCGGACAACAUAGUGAUGGUAUUGAACUUUCAAAUUUCAAAGAUUUGACGAAACCUUCUUGUUCUAAUUUGGAGGCUAAGAAGAAUGUUACUUUCGAAGACAAUGAUACUUUCAAUUUAUGUGAUAUUAAUAUUACAGUACAAAAGGGACAGUUGAUUGGAAUUAUGGGUGAAGUAGGCAGUGGAAAAUCACUAUUGCUUGAUGCUAUUUUAGCAGAAGUAACAAAAGUUCAUGGUACUGUUGCGUUAAACGAUAUAGAUAAAGGCUUCGGAUAUGUGAAGCAAAAUCCUUGGUUGCAAUGUGGCACUAUUCGAGAGAAUAUACUUUUUGGAAAAACUUAUGAUCAUAAUAAAUACAAGAGUGUUUUAAAAGCAUGUGCUCUCUUUGACGAUAUAAAUUCAUUGCCGAAAAGAGAUUUAACUGCUGUGGGUGAGGCUGGAAAUACAUUGAGUGGUGGCCAGAAAACUAGAAUUUCUUUGGCUCGAGCUAUAUACGCAGAUAAAGAUAUAUAUUUAUUGGAUGAUGUCUUAGCAACAUUAGAUACGAAUGUAGCUGCUCAUGUUUUUCAACAUGUUAUCUUAGGCUUAUUAAAAAAUAAAACAAGGAUAUUAUGCACACAUCAAACUCAAUAUUUGAUACAUGCAGAUGUGGUUAUAGAAAUGUUAAACGGAAAGAUUAUCAAAAAGGGGAAACCGUGUGAUGUUAUACCUGAUGUAGAAGAUUAUUUGUUAUCUUCUGAAUCAUUUGGAACUAAUUUGAAUUAUAAAUCUAAAAAAAUAAUAACAAAUGAAUUAAAUCAACCUUUAAACUUAGAAGAGAAUGCUGUAUAUAAUGAGGAAUAUACUGAGAAAGGAAAUCUAAAAUUUAGAGUGUAUACAUCGUAUAUUACAGCUGUUGGACGUUACCUAGCGAUAUGUAUAUUCAUUUCUAUGGUAUUAAUGCAGAGUUCCAAAAAUAUAACAGAUUUAUGGUUAUCUUAUUGGGUUACACAUGCAAAUAUAUCGUCGCUCAAUUCAACUAUUAAGCCAUUAUCAGAAAAAUUAGAAUAUUACUUCAACAACUAUACUGUACAAGAUGAUAACUAUUACUUGACUGUAUAUGGCCUCUUAGCCUUAGUUAAUUCAAUUUUUACAUUAAUAAGAGCAUUUAUAUUUGCCUAUGGUGGAAUUCAAGCAGCUACUUUUAUUCAUAAACACCUGUUAAAAACUGUAAUAAAGGCCAGAAAUAUAUUUUUCGACAUUCAACCAUUGGGAAGAAUUAUAAACAGAUUUUCAUCAGACACAUAUACAAUUGACGAUACUCUACCGUUUAUAACAAAUAUUUUAUUUGCUCAGUUAUUUGGUUUAAUCGCAACAAUCAUUGUAACAGCCUAUGGAUUACCAUGGAUAUUUUUGAUCUUGGCUCCACUUAUUCCAGUUUAUCAUUGGAUACAGAAUCAUUAUAGGCUGACAUCUAGAGAGUUAAAACGCCUAUCCAGUACAUCACUAUCACCACUUUAUGCUCAUUUCAAUGAAACAUUGUAUGGACUUACCAGUAUUAGAGCUUUCCGGGCUGUAUCCCGUUUUAAACAAGAAAAUGAACUUUUAUUGGAAGCUAGUCAAAAGACACAAUUCGCUUCAAUUUCGGCUAGUCAAUGGCUUUCUCUUAGAUUACAAUUUAUAGGAAUUUCGCUUCUAGCAGGUGUCAGCAUUAUAGCUGUUUUACAGCAUCAAUAUGAUAUAGCAGAUCCAGGUUUAAUAGGUCUAGCAAUUACAUAUGCUUUAUCUGUAACGAGUUUAUUAUCCGGCGUAGUAAAUGCAUUUACUGAAACAGAAAGAGAACUGAUCGCAAUCGAGCGUGUAAAACAAUAUUUAGAUGAUAUUCCAGUAGAAACUAUAGGUGGAGAGAGUCCACCAUAUGCUUGGCCGAGUCAAGGUGUUAUAGAGUUCAAAAAUGUUGUUUUAAAAUAUAGAGAGCAUUUAAUACCAUCAUUGAAAGAAAUAUCCUUUAUCACUCGGCCAGCUGAGAAGAUUGGUAUCGUAGGACGUACUGGUGCUGGAAAAACUUCUAUUCUUACCUCUUUAUUUAGAUUAGUAGAGAUAAGCUCAGGAAGUAUACUAAUAGAUAACGUUAAUAUUCAAACUUUACAAUUGAGUGCACUAAGGUCUCGACUAGCUAUAAUACCUCAACGCCCAUUCCUUUUCUCAGGGACUAUUCGAGAAAACGUUGAUCCAUUAAAUCAAUAUCCAGAUUUACAUAUAUAUAAAGCCUUAGAGAAAUGUAAGGUUCACUCAUUAAUUUAUCGUUUAGGAGGUUUAGGUGCUCAAUUAGAUGAAGGUGGUAGUAAUUUGAGUGCAGGUCAGAGACAAUUGUUAUGUCUAGUUAGAGCUAUUCUACAUAAUGCUAAGAUAGUUUGUAUAGACGAGGCGACUGCCAAUGUCGAUCAAGAAACGGAUAAAUUUAUUCAAACAACAAUAAAGUCUUCUUUCCAAAGUGCCACUGUUAUUACUAUAGCUCAUAGAAUAAGAACGAUUAUGCAUUGUGAUAGGGUAUUAGUGUUGGGCGACGGAGAAAUAUUAGAAUUUGACGAACCAAAUUUACUGAUACAAAAUGCAGAUUCGUAUUUCUAUGGUUUAGCUAAUCAAGAGUUUUCAGACAAAGAAUAAAUUUCUUUGUGCGAUCUAGUAUUGAUCAAUGUAAAUAUUUUUUCAGUAUCUACACCAUAAUCAUAUUUAUGUAUAUGAUUAUUUUGGUAGUAUUAAAUAACGAUCGCACGUGAUGAAAUAAUUUGCAAAGUAUAACGUUAUUGUUAAUAUAGGAUUAUAUUUUCGUAUAUAAGUCUGAGAAAGAGAAGAUAAGAAUGAUAUAGGGACAAAAGGCAUCUUUCUAAUGAAUAAAGAUGUGCAUAAAUAAUUUAUAUCAAAGCUAUAUAAAAUAUUAGAAUCAUCUGACAUUGUUGAGUGUAUUAAAUCAUUUAUUAUGUAUAGUUAAGAUUAAUAUUAUUUUUGAUAUCAGUGAAAAUGUAUAUAAACUCAGCCAGAUCAAUAUAUCCCUUUUGGUACUGAUCUAAUUCUUUAAAUGUUUUAUACCAUACCGAUGGUGAUAUUCUCAUGUCAAUAACUUCACUAGCUUUCCAUAGAUCUAUCAUUGUCAAAUAUCCUUUAUCUAUAGACAUAUACAUAUCUUUUUUUAUUAUUAUAAAUUUCAAAUUAUAAAAUAAUCUUUAAAAUUUUCUAUUGUAUCUACUUACUAUCACUGUCUAUUAAACCGAAUAUAGUUUCUAAACUAAUCGUCGAUCGACCUAUAGGACAUUUUUUAAAUACCCAAUACUCGAACUCCUUGAGUGAAAUUUUAUUUGAAGACGAGCGAAAAACAUAAUUUAUCUCCGGCUGUAAUAAAAAUGUAGAUUUUUUAACAGAAACGAAUAAUGUUUUACUUAUCGAACUUUAUUAGGACAGUAACCAAACAAUGCAGUCAUUGCUAUUUUAUAUUGAUGUUUUGUUAAAGAUCCUUCAUUAGACGCAUGAUCGAAUGCCUGUAAUAAAUAUAUAUACACAUAUACACGAAUUGUUAAAAAUGUUUAUAAA